AUGUAUUCGCGCGAGCAGUUCAUGAACCCAGGGCCGGCGCCUCGCCCGCCUACAGACCGGCCGCAGCUGAGCGCGGUGUCGACCAUGUCCUCAGUCAACUCGGCGGCGACGACGUUCGACCGGAUGAACAUCAAUUCGCCGUCGACGCCCGCGCUCUCGCUGAGCCAGAAGACGACCGGCCAGGGCGGCGUGGCCGUCAUCAAGGAGGGCUACGUGCGGUGCAAGGAGGACAAGUUCCUCGCCAGCUGGAACCAGCGCUACCUCGUUCUACGCGAGUUCCGCCUCGACUUCCUCAAGAACGAGACCGGCAAGAGUGUGCUCUCCAUCCAGCUCAGCAACGUCAUGAACGUGACCCGGUCAGAGGAUACCAAGAUGGCCUUCGAGAUCACCAGAGUGGCCAACCCCAAGGAUGCAAACGCCCGCAGCCCGUUGGGGGGCCGGGACGUCGCUACCAAGACCAUUACCUGCGAGGUCAAGAGCGACGACGAGAUCUACGACUGGAUCGAUAAGAUAUACGAACGAUGUCCCGGCAUGGGCGGUGUCAGCAACCCGACCAACUUCAGCCACCAGAUUCACGUCGGGUUUGACCCCCAGACCGGUGCCUUUGUCGGCCUCCCGCCAGAGUGGGAGAAGCUGCUCACGGCAUCUGCCAUUACCAAGGAAGACUACAAGAAGAACCCCCAGGCUGUCAUCGAGGUGCUCGAGUUCUACUCCGACAUCAAGAUGCGUGAGCAGAACCCUCAGUAUUUCCCAGGCAUGAGCACUCCCUCCCCCGCUCCACAUAACAUGCAGCCUCUCCGCAGCCAUGGUGGUGGUGGUGGUGGUGGUGGCCACGGCGUAGCUCCCCCGAGACCUCCUCCUCCAACUGGUCUCCAGCGUCUAGAUACCAGCCAGUCUAUGCGCGGACAUGACGACAGAUCCCCCGGCAGCGGCUCUCCUGCACAGUCGUCCUCACAGCGCAAGGCCUCGGAUCCCGCUGACCGGCCAUACGACCAGCAGUACAGCCAGGACCGGUCCAAGGAGAUGCCCAAUCCAGAUCAGAGACGGAGAAUGGAAGAAGAAGCUCGUCGUAUUCGUGAAGCACAGAGACAGCGUGAGGAAGAACAAGCCCGCAGAGAACAGGAAGCAUACAAUGCCUCCUUACCCAAGACCCGAGUGCCAAUUGCUCAGCAGGAGCUCGGUGGAUAUGGUGGUCCUCGAGAGUCACCCAGUACAUCCAGCAGCAGCAGAUAUAACCCUUCACGACCUGCUCCCCAGGCCCCUUCAGGCGACAGAGCUCGACAGCCACAGCAAGAUUCCAGACAGAUGACUGCCCAGCGUCCUGCUCCCUCUCCACCCAGAAACGGGGCCCCCUCUUCUUCAUCAUCGCCAUCACACUCCAGAGACGAUCACGGAGCUCAGCGAAGUGCUCCCCGUCCAGACCAGAGCCGACAGCAGCCUUCCAGCUCGCGUUAUGCAGGAAACGACAGCCGCAGCCCAGCUCGCACCCAACCACGCCAGCCAAACGGCUCUGCUGCGUCCGGCCAGCCUCCAAGCCGCCUCCCUGCUCCAGUUCAGGCCGUUAAGCCUCUUAAUGUUGCCAACAAACACGGAGCUACUACUACUAACACCAACAAUAAUAAUACCAACAAGACGAACGGAGUCCCAGACGGUGUCCGUCAAGCUGAAGCCGCUCUGGCCAAGAAGCCAGAUCCUUCCCGCCAAAAGGACGUCCGCAUGUCAACCAUGUCCGAGAGCGAGGUAAUGGAGAAGCUCAGACAGGUCGUUUCAAAGGAGAACCCCAACGAGUCGUACAGCAAACAACGAAAGAUCGGGCAGGGCGCCUCUGGAUCCGUGUACGUUGCCCGUGUCAAGGAGAAUGCAAGCUCUCCCGUGGCCCGUGAACUGUACCGCACACACGGCCCUCGUGGACAGGUUGCUAUCAAACAGAUGGAUCUAAGGAGCCAGCCUCGCAAGGAGCUCAUUGUCAACGAGAUCAUCGUCAUGAAGGACAGCCAGCACCCGAACAUCGUCAACUUCCUCGACUCAUUCUUGCAGGAGUCCAGCAAUGAACUGUGGGUUGUUAUGGAGUUUAUGGAGGGAGGUGCCUUGACCGACGUCAUUGAGCAGAAUCCUGUCAUUCAAGAAGAUCAGAUUUCCACCAUUUGCUACGAGACAUGCAAAGGAUUAGCCCAUCUACACGGACAAAACAUCAUCCACCGUGACAUCAAGAGUGACAAUGUCCUCUUGGACAGGGUAGGAAACGUAAAAAUUAGUAAGCCCUUUUCCCUUUGCCCGCUCACAAACAUCAUAUCAUAGAGCACUUACUAACGCAUGUUUACAGCUGAUUUCGGAUUCUGUGCCAAACUCACCGAGUCCAAGAGCAAGCGUGCCACAAUGGUGGGAACUCCUUACUGGAUGGCUCCCGAAGUCGUCAAACAGAAAGAAUAUGGCCCACGAGUCGAUGUCUGGUCCCUCGGAAUCAUGGCAAUUGAGCUGAUUGAAUCUGAACCACCAUAUCUGAAUGAAGAACCGCUCAAGGCACUCUACCUCAUUGCCACUAACGGAACCCCAUGUCUCAAGAAGCCAGAGAAACUAAGCAAGGAACUCAAGUCUUUCCUCAGCGUAUGUCUUUGCGUCGAUGUCCGAAGCCGUGCCUCCUCUGAUGAAUUAUUGUCCCACGAGUUCCUUAAGAACGGAUGCAGCUUGGCCAGCCUCGCCGAGCUCCUACGAUUCAAGAAGAACUCUUCCAACUAACGUGACGAAACACGCGAAAAAGCUACUUUUUUUACUACCUCCUUUCUCAACUCAACCAGGGGCUCUUCAUCUCACCUUUCCCCGCCAUUCCCCCCCUUUUUCAUUCCAUUUUUCUUUACGUGCAGUUUGACCAAUUCUCCUCCCCACCUCCUUGUUCUUCUUCUCACUUCUUUUCUACAUUUUCAUGGGACGAAACGGGGGAAAUAUACCUCAUUACCUCAUGCACCGGGAGGAGGGGUUUUUUUUAUCUUGUUCUUGUUUUUUUUUUUCUUCCUUUGCUUUCCCGCUGUAUGUACUGGUCGAUUUCAUUUUCCCGCCUUUUCCCCUCAACCCCUUUCUUCAUCUUGGUCGAUUGAUGAUCUUCUUUCUUCAUUUUCCCCCUUUAUCUUUCUUGCUUCUCUGCUUCUUUCCGACUUCUUGCUGCUCUGGGUAUCUUAUGGCCAAAAUAUACGAUUCUAUAAUGAAACAACGAUGAUAAAAGGAGCACUUGGGAAUCCGAACGAAGCUUUGAUAGACGUCUUCUUUUGUUUUGCGCGUGCGUGGGAGCGAGAGAAUAGCGAGGUCGAUAAUUAAUUAUUAACUAGCUACAUGAUUCGUUGCUUUGUUUUGAUCAGCGAUUCAAAGACCUGCACUGCUCUGCCUGCACCUGCUUAUGACCUUUCUCCUUAAUUGGCCCUUCCGGGCGUUGAUCAUAAUAACCUUAGGAUUAAUCAAUAGUUUCUUAAACGGCAUUAUUUUUAAGUAAUGAAAACGUUUUAUGCUCACGCUUUUUAAUUCAGAAUCAUCGUCUCCCGAUUCCUCGAUCUUCAUACUUGCUAGAUAGAAAUCCAGAAUAAACAAAAAAAAUUUCAUUGCUCAUGAACCAUAACUGGCAUAUAUUGCUAUCUACACAUCUUCUCACACAAACCCGCCGGGAUAUAACAGUUAAAAACCAAGAGACCAAAAGUUCGGUCCCAGUCAUUAUACAAGCUCACUCACUCGCCUAGCAAUAAGAAAGUCGUAAUAGUACCAGAGUCCCGAAAGUGUCGUUCGUAUAUAUUGAUGUCAGCCCUUAUAUGCAUGCAUAGAUUAAGCCAUAAUCUGGCCGACAAAUCCAGCCAAUUCGCCAAACAGCACGCCGCGGAGUAGCACUUCGCCUUCGUCCAGUGCCCAGUGGCCCGCAUCCGCCAGCUUUUUCUUCCAUAUCUUGCGCUGUUCAUCGGUCAGAUCUUCCCACCUCUUUGUCUUCGAGUGGUCUACUCCGUGCUUUUCUCCAUCUUCUGACAGAACAGUGGACUUGGCUGAUAUUUCGGUACCAAGAUCAUGCACGACAACGGCUUCCUGUGGUUGUCCGGAGGUAGGCGAGGAGUCGCCCUUCUGGGCCUGUGAUAGUGAAGAUACCAAGUCUCGGAGCGGUUGGGAUGUCUUGACUUGAUGGAUGUCUUUUAAUAAUGGGAUAGUCGUUUGGGCAUUUGGGUGGCCGUUUUCGAACAUGUAUGGCCGUGCAAGCAUUUCUCGGAGACGCGGACUAAGCCAGUUCGUAGCUCCUAGAGUAGGAGGAACACCGCCUCGGAUCUCCGUGAAGGCUUGUAGGAAGAAAGCACCUAGCGCGACAACAAGUAUGGCAACGAGAGAGCUGAAUAUGGUAUUGGCGAGUUCUGAGAGGCCAGGCAUCACCAGAACAUAUCGUGGGUGUUUUGAAGUAGUAGGAUAUGGAGAUAGGGGGAAGGUGUGAACUAUAACUGUAUUCCCCACACUGACAGAAGCCAGUUUUACAAACUGGGGCCGUACAUCCGAGGUGACAGGUAAAGCUGGAGAAAUAAAGGUCGAGAACGCUAUUCUUGUCAUCGAAAACGGGUGGACAUCUGUGAAUGUGGUAUAGUGUUGUAAUUUUCCAAUUUGGCCCUUGGAAGCAGAUUCGAGCGUAAGAACUUCAAUUGACAUAUCACUGCCUGAUACGGCAAUGAUGCACUGCCUUUCUCCAGAAGACGACUCGGAUAGUCGACAAACAUCCAAGCCUAGACCGAUCUUCAUUGAUCUAUGGAGGCCUCGUCUCCGGGAAACCGUCCAUUUAGACAUUUGACUGGAGAGUAAUAUAACCACUAGCUCGCAUCCGGUGCGGCCAGGGUAGUUUUGCAGCAAGAGAAGGGUGUUUGGAGAGAUAAAGCGCAAAGCUCUGAUUUUGCUGCUUUUCGGUCCUCCGCCGACCUUAUAUAUAGAGUUUACGUGCAAGUUGGAUUUCGAGGACAUCGAUAUAUUCGAAAGGUAGACCUCCUUUCCAUCCGUAUAUGCGAACUUGAAGGUCCCGUCCUCGCUCGUGUCUAUGAUAUCCACGUCCUCCACCUCUUCUUGUGGUCCCAGUAUGACACGUCCUAAAACAUUUGGUGCGGAUACAGAUUGUGCGUCUGCUUCAAAGAACACAAGUUCUCCUCGGGGAGCAAGGCCAGUCGCGAUUGCACCAAUGCGCUUUGCGUCUUCGCCUUUCCAGGGAGAAAGUCGUAAUAUGCGCUGAUAUGCUUCUCCCUCCGCUGAUUUCAAUUCUUGUUUCCUGAAUAACGAGACCUGAGAUAGAGCUCUUGUCUUCGGCUCGCCAAAGUUGACUCGCGCUCCAUCAUCGCCACCAUAGCCCCCGUUCUUUAAAUCCGUAAUAGCCUUUCGUCUUGGAGGGUAUGUGAUUUCAAAGGAGCGUAGGUGUUUAUUGUUGUCUCGUUUUUGUUCCGCCUGCGAGCUGUUUAUUCCGGCCAGCGCCACGACGUCUUGGUCGCUGCAUUGCAAAAUGCCUAGGGAUGUGACCGAAUCUUCGUCCCGGGAGAGCUCAAUGUCGACUACCUCCGAUAUAGCGUCACGCCGAGACGUAUCAAGAAGGGACUAAGUAAGCAAAAUAACAGUCCAUGUUAGCAAAUGCUAUAUUUUCAUUGAGCAGAGCAUAUCUGCGCCUCCAAUUCAUAUCCUCAGGAACGGCUUAUCCUUACAAUCUUGUUGCCAACGCCACUGCGUCCUUCACCACC